GCUUUCACGCUCGCGUUGUCCGUUUAUAACCUUGACGCGAUCGCGCUUUCCUCUAUUGACUCGGAUCCGUGCGCGACAAUCUCGCCUUCAGAAUUCUCGUUCGGAUCGUCGCCUCGCUCGACAAUCGCGUCGCCGCGAAAUCGAAGUGAGCUAGCGCGCGCGGAUGGCAUUCGCAGCCGCUCUGCGUACCUCUGGAGCAAAAUCUGUUGCACUUAUUUGACGAUUGCGUAGUGUUGUGUCCGCACGGCUUGCUCGAUUGACUCCGCGAUUUUCAAAUGCUAUGAUACGCAGGGGCAUCAACAGAGGCGCGCGGGCAAACGGCUCUGUGAGAGGACGUGGCUCGCAUAUCGUCACGGAUGCGCGGUUCAAGAUAAUACAGAAGAAUCGGGAGAAGCUCACCGACGCUAGGGACAAGCUCGCCGAGAUUGCGAAGCAGAGCGACGCGCGACUCAAGUUGGACAAGAUCCGCGCGUCACACUACAAGAAGAUAGACACCCUUUCGGGUAUCUCGCGCAAGACUGGCCGGAACGGCCGGCUCUCGUUGUCGACGAACAAAGUGUCGCACUUGAUGCAGCAUGUGUUACCGCCGAAUAUUCCGAACAAUUACAUGCCGCCUCCCACGAGAGCGGUCGGAUACAGGCCGCCUAUCUCCGAGCCUCAUUACUUGGGGGACAUGAGCAUGGAUUAUACUGAUGAUUAUUUAACGGAAUCAUCUUCAUUGAGGAGGACCGUGAGUAACGAGUACGCGCCAACACCCCCGCCUCCACCUCCAGUGUUCAGUAUUAAUCCGAUUUCUCCUUACACCUGGGUGAAGUCCAGAAACACUAAUGUGACUAGGAUUCAAGCUCGAAAAUCUGAGAUGGAGAAGGACCGAGAGAGGCAAAGAGAUUACAAACUCGCUGCGCGCUCUGCGAUGACAAAGACUGCUUCACCUCCUUAUAAAGAAGACUGGAGCUUUGGCACAAAAUCAAGAACAAUUGUUGCCGAGGAAAUGGUAGAUUCCAAGUACUACAAUUCCAGAAAUGUUCGAGAAAUCGGAGUAAAGUCGCGUCUCGAGUCCUCCCCGAAUAAGACGCGCACAAUGGGUGUUUUGUCGCGGCCGAAAGCAAGUUCCAGUUCGUCGGUACAAUCAAAUGGCUAUCGAAUUGUAGUAUCCAACUUGCAAGCCAACGUCACACAAGAAGAUAUCAAGGAAUUAUUCGAAGACGUUGGCGAACUGCUUGUAUCGAGACUAGUGCGUCCAGGUACUGCGGAAGUAAUCUAUAAAACGCUGAAGGAUGCGACUAAAGCAGUUGAAACUUAUCACAAUCGACAAUUAGACGGCCAUCCAAUGAAAUGUCUCCUCGUUAAUCCACGACCAAAAAACAAUCCAACUGGACCAGCUGUCCGAUCUCUUACGGAGUCAAGACGUAGUAUCAGCUCAAGUUAUGUACAACCAAGUUUAGGAGCGGUGCAUCGCGCAUUAUUCGACGAUUCUUAAUCGAACGUAUCCAUUUUGAUAUAAGUCAAUAUGAAGAAAAGAAAUGUCUUGUAUGUAAGUGUAACGGACAUUAUGCUGAUUAUUCUUAGGAGAGCGACCGGAGAAACGGCAAAACGCUGAAAGCGCAUUUAAUAUGCGCAACUCCAAUUCCCAGCUGUAAUUGUAUUAAUAAACUUAUACCACUCAUUAUCUUUAGUCUAUAUGCGGUCUGUACGACCGAUAACACUGGAACGCUCGUGUAUUAUUCUCAUUAUUUUUUAGAGAUAAUCGUCUCCUCUUGUAUUUUAUGCACUUUGUAAUUACAAUCUCAUUAUUUUGUCUUAUAUACCUUAUUUUGUCUUAUAUUAUUUUAAAAGUAAUAAAUUGUUAAUUAAGGGUCUGAAAUAUCAGAGGUCGCGAGCUAUCCUUGAACAUUGAAGACAAUAGUAAAAGCUGAGACGUUCUGGUGUUAAAAUAUAGAGGGGAAACUUAUGUUAAUAUAACACGCUCGUGGAACCACGUACGCAUCAGGCGAAAUCUGCUUCUUGUAUAUUUAAUAUGUCCGAAUAAAAUGGUACCCAUCCAGCA